UGUAGUGGCGGAGCGGAGCGCCGAGAGAGAGAGAGAGAGAGAGAGAGAGAGGUUAUAAAGCAGGCCAGGGAGAACUCCUCGGGGGGGAAUGAAGACAUGGCGGACGCCAAGCAGAAGCGGAACGAGCAGCUGAAGCGCUGGCUGGGCUCGGAGACGGACCAGGAGCCGCCGGUGCUGAAGAAGAAGAAGACCAAGGUGAAGUUCGACGAGGGCGCCGUGUUCCUGGCCGCGUGCGCGAGCGGAGACACCGAGGAGGUGCUGAGACUGCUCGAGCGCGGAGCCGACAUCAACUACGCGAAUGUGGACGGACUGACCGCGCUGCACCAGGCGUGUAUAGAUGAUAACGUGGACAUGGUGACGUUCCUGGUCGAGCACGGCGCCUGCAUCAAUCAGCCGGAUAACGAGGGAUGGAUCCCCCUCCACGCUGCUGCGUCCUGUGGAUACAUGGAUAUCGCAGAAUAUUUGAUCAGUCAGGGUGCGAAUGUGGGCGUGGUUAACAGUGAGGGAGAGACGCCGCUGGACAUCGCAGAGGAAGAAGCCAUGGAGGAGCUUCUGAAAAACGAAAUCAACCGACAAGGUGUGGAUAUAGAGGCGGCGAGGAAGGAGGAAGAGAGAAUCAUGCUACGUGACGCACGCCAGUGGUUAAACAGCGGGCAAAUAAACGACGUCCGGCACGCUAAGUCAGGAGGAACCGCGCUACAUGUCGCCGCUGCUAAAGGCUACGCAGAGGUUUUAAAGCUUUUAAUCCAGGCAGGUUAUGAUGUAAAUAUUAAAGAUUAUGAUGGCUGGACUCCUCUUCAUGCUGCUGCUCACUGGGGGAAGGAUGAAGCCUGCAGGAUCCUGGUGGAGAACCUGUGUGACAUGGACCUCGUUAAUAAAGUGGGUCAGACGGCGUUCGACGUGGCAGAUGAAGAUGUUAUGGGAUAUUUAGAAGAGCUCCAGAAGAAACAGAACCUGCUGAUCGAGAAGAAAGGCGUCAAGAAAUCCCCUCUGAUCGAGACCACCACUACAGCCGAUAACAACCAGUCCACUAAACCUACACCUGAGAAGAGUAAGGAGACACUGUUACUGGAGGUGGAGAAGAACGCUCCUCACAUCGAGAACCUGGAGUCAGAGAAGACCGAUGAAGAGGACGAUGGGAAGAAGGACGAGUCCAGCUGCUCCAGUGAGGAAGACGAGGAGGACGACUCGGAGUCGGAGAAUGAAGCAGAUAAGACCAAAUCAUCCGCUCCUGUCAGCAACUCUAUCAGCGCUGUCCCCGCCCCCACCACUACCCCAGUCUCCGCCUCCAGCAACACCCCGGCCACGCCUACCUCGCCUGUCAAAAAGGUGAGUUUACCUGCAGGUAAGGUGUCUCCUAAGGAGGAGGAGAGGAAGGACGAGUCCCCGGCGUCAUGGAGACUGGGUCUGAGGAAGACAGGAAGCUACGGAGCGCUGGCAGAGAUCAGCACCGCUAAAGAAUCACAGAAGGAGAAGGACCUGAGCGGGGUGAUGCGUUCGGCUUCCUCGCCUCGCCUCACCUCCUCACUGGACAACAAGGACAAGGAAAAGGAGAAGGAGAAGUCUCUGGCGUACGUGGCACCCACUUUCCCCAGGAGACACCCGAGUGCAUCAGACAUCGACGAGAAGGAAAACAGGGACUCGGCGGCUAGUCUGGUGCGCAGCGGUUCCUACACACGAAGACGCUGGGAUGAAGAUCUGAGGAACAAUGACACAACCUCCUUGAACCGAACAUCUAGCUACCAGCGCAGCACGUCACACACUUUAACAAUCGGCCGAAGCAGCAGCUCUCGCGAUCUUCCUGCAAAAUCAUCUUCGGCUUCCAGUUUGGAUCCUAACAGCACUAAAGCCUCACCGUCCUACUACCAGUCUUACAGCAUACACCGCAGCGGAUCGUUUGGAAGGAGGCAAGAAGACCCUGCGAGCUCCACUUCCUCCACUGUUACCACGACGACAAGCUCCACCUCCACUACCACUAUUACCUCACCUACAGGUCACCGCAGUGUGUCCAGGUUUUGGUCCGAGGAUGGUGCUGAUAAAGAGAAGGAGUCGGCGACUGUAAUCCCUACAAUUAACACUGCAGCCACCACAACCACCACCACCACACACACUACUGCAGGAGACGGCCGAGAGAGACGCAGAUCAUACCUCACUCCUGUACGUGAUGAGGAGUCGGAGUCUCAGAGGAAAGCUCGAUCUCGACAGGCUCGACAGUCCAGAAGGUCCACACAGGGCGUGACCUUAACUGAUCUCCAGGAGGCGGAGAAGACCAUCGGACGCAGUCGACCAACCCGGUCCCGAGAGGAGGAGAAGGAGAAAGAAGAGAAGGAAAAACAGGACAAGGAAAAGCAGGAGGAGAAGAAGGAGGUAGAGGCGAAGGAGGAUGACUAUCGAUCGCGCUAUCGCUUCGAGGAGCGUUACCGUACCCCCUCCUUGAGCUCAUCCACGUCGACUACUGCGCCGUCAUCCUCCAUCACAUCUUCAUCCCUCUACACUUCCUCCUCCUCGUCCUCGCUGAACCGUCCUGACAGUCUGAGUGGAAUCACGCCCAGCUACAGAAGCUCCGCCCGGGACACUGAAAAGGAUAAAAAAGAAGAGGAGAAGGAGGGAGAGGAUAGAACUCAGCCUCGCUCUAUACGUGAUCGCAGACGCCCUCGAGAGAAACGACGUUCUACCGGAGUCCCGUUUUGGACCCAAGAUAGUGAUGAGAAUGACCCAGAGCAGCACUCGGACUCAGAGGAAGGAAGCACUAAAGCAGAACCUCAGAGUGAAAGACUCUUGAGAAACGACGGCGUGUCCUCCGGUUUGUCCCUCACUGAUCGUUAUGAGCACAGAGAGAGCCGCCGGCCAUACUCACGCCUCGACCGAGACGACAACACUGACUACAAGAAGCUUUAUGAACAGAUCCAAGCUGAAAAUGAGAAGCUGAAGUCUCAGUUACGUGACACACAUCUGGAGCUGGAGGACCUGAAGCGACAGCUGGAGAAGGCCACACAGGUGAGAGGAUUACAGAGACAGGAGCGCUUUGCUGAUAGAUCACAGCUGGAGAUGGAGAAAAGGGUUGCUGCCAGGUCUCAGUACCGGCUCGGUGCUUUCGGAACGACGAGCUCUAGAAAGAAAGAUCUCUGAGAUGGAGGAGGAACUUAAGACGCUACCCGACUUGAAGGCAGACAACCAGAGGCUAAAGGAUGAGAACGGCGCUCUGAUCCGAGUCAUUAGUAAACUUUCCAAGUAGAGCAGCGCCCCCUGUGGUCAGAGUGGGGGUAUUACACGCUGAAAACCCCGUUACAGCAAACACACAGACUAAACACAUCCAUCCUCCUCUCUCUCCCUCUCUCUCUCUCUCUCUCUCUCUCUCUCUCUCUCUAUCACUUGUCCACUAACGGCUCACUUCCUUCCUCCAUGUCUGGUCUGGCUGCUGCAGGACACACGCACACGCGCACACACCCCCCCACACACACACACCGCACACGCAUGUCGACAGUUUACAGGGCAGAGAGACAGGUCGAACCGCACGCUACGUUUGUACAGAAAAAACUAAAGGAAAUAAAGAGAAACUAUUUUGGUGCCACAAACUUCCCUUUAUUUUCCUCCUCCUUCCUCUGCGCAAUGAGUGUGUGUGUCUCUCUCUCUCUCUCUCUCAUCCCCCCCCACUCUUUUUUUUUUUUCUUUCUUUUAUCCUCCCUUUCAUGUCAAAGCCCCGCCCCCUCUCUCUCCCUCUCCGGUACCGUUUCUCAGCAGCAGAUUUCCCAGCAUUCAGCAGUGUGUUGGUGCACGAAACCUGAACCUGACCCCAACCUCUCCUCCUCCUCCUCCUCACACUCACACACACUCUCUCUCUCUCUCUCUCUCACACACACACACUCCUCUGUGUGAGUUCUGGUGGAAUGUUGAGCUUUCACUGAAUGUGCAAUACGCCUCAGUUCCUUUAUAAACCACGCUCUAACCGGCAGCAGGAAGAAAACUUCACCUCUCUCUCCCUCACUUCUCUCCUUCCGUCUUUUAUUCCACCUUUUUUUUUAUUUCUCCCUCUUUUAAAUUCCCUAGUUCCUUUUAUUUUGUUCACUGUUUUUCUCUUUUUAGUUUCAUCCAUUUAUCCUCUUCUCCUCCGUUUAACUGCCACCUUUGCCUUCUUCCUUACUUCCUGUUUCCCCUCCUCUCCACUUCCUUUUUCUUUUCCUACUUCCCAGUUCUUCUUCUUUCCUUUUCUUCCCCUUCUUCCCCCCUCUUUGUGUCCUUGUCCUCCAUUUUCUCUUCUCCCUUACUACUUCCUGCCCCGCCCCCUUGUCCACCGCAGCCUGUCAGUAGUGUGUGUAGUGUUUAGGCGGUGGUGUUGAAUUUAUCCUCACGGUGUUUUUAGCAGGUACUGAGUGAAGCUGUAUAUAAACCUGUACGUAUCGUGUUUUGAGACGAGCACAUGGCAUGCGUUGAUGCUUUUCUCCGUCUGUUACUGUUCCAAUAUCGCGGCUCCAGCGGACAAAAGUGUGUUUUAAAUAUUUUGUCGUUUUUGUUUCUUUUUUUUUGUUUGUUUUGGUUUGUUUUUUUUGUUUUUUUUUAUAUAUAUAGUGCUGAUGAAUAACGGUAGUGCCGCCGCCCCUCGCACGGUGUAGUGGGAGGGGCUUCAGUGCAUCCUUUCAGUUUUAAAGAGAAAUAAAUAUUCACCGUAAUUGUGACAUAAGAAUAAUAUAAUACGACUUCACUACUUUUCACACGCGUUGAGUGCUUUUCUUUAUUUUAUUUGAUUCUCCUCCUCUUCCUCCUCCUCCUCUUCCUCAGCGCUGUUAGUAUUAGCCGAGGUGUGUCUAAAAAUGAAAGCCUAGAUAUCGCUAACCCCAGUCUUUCCUUCCUUCCUUCCUUCCUUCAUCUUGUUUUUUUUUUUUUUUUUACUUUGAAAUGGAACCAUGUUUUUGGUGCACUGUUCACGUCGCGGCUCGAGUCGCGCCUCCACCGGUUUUAUAGAGAGUCAGAGCGAGUCGGAGAUUUUAUGCAUUUCAGUGGCCUUUUAAAAUGAUAAUGCUGUAGUUUAAAGAGACGAGCGGGGAAAAGACUGAUGGACUCUCCUCUCUGGUUUAGGUUUUAAAGAUUUUUUUGUUGGUUUUUAUGUUUAUUUUUCCUCCUGCUUUUUUUUUUAAUAUCCCAUCAUCAUUGUAAAAUAGAUGUGUGGCUUCUACAUGCGAGCUGUGCUGUGACUACCAACCACUGAGAGUUCAAAUAAAGGUGUACAUUGUAAAAACUCC